GAGAGCCUGGGCCGCGCGGUAGCCUUGGCCUCCCGGGCUGCAGGCUCGGGUUCGGCCGAUUUGGAGUACCCGGGCCUCGGGGACACCCCGGUGGGGCUUUUCGGUUUUUCAGGACCUCGGGUUUCCACUUGCUUUAGGGGAGGAGUGUGAAUCCCUUCAGCAGUGUUUCUCAAAGAGUGGGGCGGGGGCCGGUUAAAAAUGCACAUUCCCGGAUCUCUCCUCAGACGUCCUGAACCAGACUCCCUUACCGUGGCCCGGGAGUCUGCAUUGUCAGCAGUUGUCCCUGAUGAUUCUGAUGCAGGUGCUCAGAGAAUCGCGCAUUGGGGAAACUGCUUCGGAGCACACCAUGCCUCCCCACACAGCAGGGAGCUUAAGUGGGUGCAUUUGAGGAUGAGGCCUGCCUUGAAAUACUGAUAGACCUCUGCAUUAGGAAAGACUGACUUCGGGGCAGGGGUAGUUCUUAAAUCUUGGGUUCAGAGUGCUGCUCUGUACCUGUUGCCUCCGAGUCUUCAGGUGGUCAGAUGUAUAGUGAGUGAAGGGCCCUGGUGGAGUCAUGGGGGCGAGGCAGUGGUGAAGGCAGACCAUGGAGGUGUAGCAGGAGAACUUGGGUUGGGCCUGGUGAUCUGGAUUGGGCUUGUUCCACCACUUACUAGCAGGACAGCUAUAAUAUUGACCCUGUGCACAUCACUGUUUUUUCCUCUCCCGGUGUCUCAUCUGUCAGGGGGGACAGUAAUUUCUAUCUGAUAGAGCUUUUGUGUGAAUUAGAGUCUGUCAGGUGUCUCCUACAGUGGCUGGCACAUAGUGAACAUUCAGAAAAUGGAAAUUUACUAAGAGUGACACAGGCCCAGCCUUCCUGGGGCUUAGAGACCCAAAGACUAGGGAUUAAACAAGUAGAAUAAAAUGUAGAUCCAGGGACAAAGUAUGUUUAGAGAACUGUGCAAGGAUUCUAAAUGGGGUGGGGGAGCGGAGGAAGUGUGCAAGAAGGGAGGUUUGCCCAGGUUCUGGAAGAACAGAUAGAAUUCCAGGGAGCUGGUAUCUGGGCACAAUGAACCAUCCCAUCUCAUUCCUCAGAAGAAGUUCUCUCACAUGGAUCAUUGGGAUGCUGCUCCUAGGACUUUAGACAGAGUGAGAAGUCACAUUGACAAGUGGCUUUUUGAGGUCUGGAACUCAAACCAUAAUGUUUUCUGUCUGCUGUCCAUGUUCGACAGACAAGCUCAUCCUUAGACUCUGAUAAUCUCCCUGUACUGUUUUAUUGGAGUCCAUCUAUGGAAGGAUCUUACUUGAUCACUGAGACAAAAGUGAAUGUUACUUAUAGAGGAAAAGACCAUAGCUGUAUCUGAGCCUCUUGGUGGCCAUUUUAAACUUGCUGUGAAAUAUGCAGAUACUGCAGAUCUCAGUUUCAGGGGUACCGUUUUCAUCACAGUGUUGUUUCAGGUCCCAUAGACAUGUCCCAGUCACCCACAGUCAUCUCUCUCCGGAAUGGAUUAAGAGAUCAAACCCUUAAACUUCCCCAAAGCUUCAGCCAUUUUAGAGUGAAGAAGCUCGAUGAUUUAAACAUGUUCUUUCUUAUUCUUCUAGACCAGUCUGGCUACUGGUAUACAGAAAAUUCUUAUCUCAGUUGAUAAAUAUAUCUUCCUAUGGAAACCCAGAAACCCUGGUGCCAUAGUGGUUAAGAGUUCGGUAGCUAACCAAAAGGUCGACAGUUUGAAUCCACCAGGCGCUCCUUGGAAACUCUAUGGGGCAGUUGUACUCUGUCCUAUAGGGUGGUUACUUGGAAUUGAGGGCGGCGGGUUUGUUUGGUUUUAAUUUCCUAACUAAGAAUUACAAUUACCGUUUGUUAUGGAUUGAAUUGUGUCCUCCAAAAAUAUGUUGUACAUAUAACAUAAGUCCUAACCUCUAUGCCUGUGGUCCUAAUCCCAUUUGGGAAUGAGUUUUCUGUUAUGUUAAUGAGGCAGGAUUAGUGUAGGGUGUGUCUUGAGUCUAUCUCUUACAUGAGAUCAAAGGAGCAGGUUAGGCAAGCAGAGAUGAGGGAAAGAAUGACGCCAAGCCACAUGGAGAUCUCCAAGGAACUGGGAAACAGAGCCUGAAAAGACAAGGACCUUCCCUCGGAGGGAAGAUCCUCUGACAGAGAGAGAGAAAGCCUUCCCUUAGAGCUGGUGCCCUGAAUAUGGACUUCUAGCCUCCUGAACUGGGGAUUCCCGGGACUGCCAUUGUUUUGCCGUUCCUGAAAGCUACUGGGGGAGUCGUGGGAGCGAUGGAAGGCCACAAGGCAGAAGAGGAGGUGUUAGAUAUUCUUCGACUGAAUGUAGGAGGCUGUAUUUACACAGCCAGGCGGGAGUCCUUGUGCCGCUUUAAGGACUCAAUGCUGGCGUCCAUGUUCAGUGGUCGUUUUUCUCUAAAAACGGAUGAAUCAGGGGCUUGUGUUAUUGACCGUGAUGGACAUCUAUUUAAAUACCUUCUGGAUUAUCUUCACGGAGAAGUUCAGAUUCCCAGCGAUGAGCAAACCCGCGCUGCCCUGCAGGAAGAAGCUGAUUACUUUGGCAUCCCUUAUCCAUACAGCCUCUCUGACCACUUGGCCAAUGAAAUGGAGACAUAUUCUUUAAGGUCAAAUAUAGAACUUAAAAAGGCUUUAACAGAUUUCUGUGAUUCGUAUGGCUUAGUUUGCAAUAAACCAACAGUUUGGGUUCUACACUACCUUAACACAUCUGGUGCAAGCUGUGAGAGCAGAGUUAUUGGUGUGUAUGCCACAAAAACUGACGGAACAGAUGCUAUUGAUAAACAGCUGGGAGGAAGAAUUCACAGUAAAAGCAUUUUUAAAAGAGAGGCGGGAAAUAAUGUUCAGUACAUCUGGAGCUAUUAUUCAGUAGCAGAAUUGAAGAAAAUGAUGGAUGCCUUUGAUGCCUGGGAAGGAAAAGGUGUUAGCUAUUGGCGGGUGCCUCACGAGCUGAUAGAGUGUUGGACUCUGGAAGAGCAGCCUUUACUUGGAAGCCUGAGACACAUGGCCCCAAUUCGAAAAAGGCGACUGGUGACUUUCAGUGAAGAGGAGGAAAGUGUGAAUUUUAAGACUGGCCCUAAGCCAGUAAGAUUUUUGGGCCCUUCCACAAGCACCCAGAUCAAAGUCAAGAACUCAGCUUCAGUCAGGGUGUCUCCAGCCAGGGCUCCCCAGACCUCGACUCGAGUGACAGCAAACCAGCCUCACAGCAGCUCUGUACCAUCAGAAGCCACGUCCGCUGUGGGCACAAGGGCAUGCAGGCAGCCCCAGGCUUCCUGGGGAACCAGGAGUGCUGAAAACGGGGCCCCACACCCACCUACAGCAAAGGUUCUACUCUCUGACAAGAAGUCUACAUCUAAUCGAGUGAUCAAACUGAAGCGGACUCCACUGUGUGCCUCUGUGCCUUCUCAGCCCACCUCCGCAGCAGUGAAUCGAAGCCUCUCCCCCGAGCUGCCUGCUCAUGAAGCUUCCAGCAGUACGCCUGUGCGGACUGAAAACGGGAACGAUGAAAGUAUUUGAUAAUGAAAACCUGUUGUUUGUCUCCCAGAGCUUCUCAUGUGUUUGAAAGAAAUAAGUGACUUGGUUUCUUGAUGCAGUCAGGGUGAACACUUAGGUCUGUAUUUAGGAUAAUUAUGAGAAAAAUGACUUGUGUGAAAGUAGAACGGUGGAAGGGGGAGUUUUAAGUGGCUGGGACUGCAUUUAUAUCCAUUUCCCCAACUUUUAAAUGAUUAUUU